UGAUCAGUGUCUUCCCUGUGGCCAGCUGGGGCACGCUUUACACCUCUGCAGCUUUAGCAGAGAGGCAGCUGCUCUGCCUGGGUAUGGCUGUCUGAAUUCAGCACCAUUGUGGGCUGCUCAGAAGCACUGUGCAGAGCUGUAAGGACCUGGGCUUCUGUGAUGCUCUGUCCAGAAGGACUUUCCUGCUUGACCUGAAACCCUGAAUGCCCUGCUCUCUCUACCCUGUCUGGCUGUGGAAGCAACUGCGAGGACAGACCAUGGCUGAGAACCAGUCCUUUGCAACCAUGAUGAAGUCUAGAAGUGUACAAGUGCUCCUGAUUCUGGCAGUUCUUGCUUUCCUUCUCAUCCAUUUUCAAUUCCUACUCUGCAGCAAAAAUACCCCAAUGGAAGAAAAACCUUCUCCAGUCCACAUCCUCAUUCUCUCCUCCUGGCGGUCAGGAUCUUCCUUCACUGGACAAAUCUUCAGCCAGCACCCCAGCGUCUUCUACCUGAUGGAACCCGCGUGGCAUGUGUGGGUUAAGAUGUAUCAAAACAGUGCUGAAGUCUUACACAUGGCAGUGCGGGACCUUGUCAGGUCAGUCUUUCUGUGUGACAUGUCUGUAUUUGAUGCUUACAUGUCUAGCCAGAAGAAAAAGUCUGAUCUAUUUCAGUGGGAGACAAGCCGAGCCUUGUGCUCCCCCCCUGCCUGUGACUCUUUCAGUCGCAGUGACAUAAUCACUGCAGGCAAUUGCAGAACAAUCUGUGGCAAGUACCCAUUCAGCAAGGUGGAGGAAGCCUGUAAAACCUACAGCCAUGUUGCCAUCAAGGAGGUUCGGUUCUUUGACCUCAAAGUUCUGUACCCCCUUCUCACUGAUCCAUCCCUGAACCUCAAAAUCAUUCACUUAGUCCGUGAUCCUCGAGCUGUGUUCAGGUCUCGAGAGAAUACAAUGGCAGACCUGAAACGUGACAGUAACAUUGUUGUGGGGUCCCAGAAGACAAAGGGAGAAAUGGGACCUUACAACACAAUGCAAGCAAUCUGCAAAAGUCAUGUUGAGAUUUACAAAGCAGGCAGUCAGGCUAUUCCCAGUUUCCUGAAAGACCGCUACCUGCUGGUUCGCUAUGAAGACAUUGUCAGAGACCCUCUGGAAAGGGCUGCUCAGAUGUACAGGUUUGCAGAACUCCAUUUCACACCAGAACUUCAGAAGUGGGUGCACAACAUCACCCAUGGGAAGGGGCAAGGAGCCCAGGCCUUUGAUAUUGGGUCCAGAGAUGCACUGAGAGUAUCCCAGGCCUGGAGGACAACCCUUCCCUUCCAGAAAAUAGAAAAAGUGCAAAAUGUAUGCAAGGAUGCUAUGGACUUGCUGGGCUACCGGGUCGUUCAAUCUGAAGAGGAGCAAAAAAACAUGUCGCUAGAUCUUUUGUUUGCCUGGAACUCCUCUGAGUAACAAGUUCUGAAGGCAGAAAUGCUGUUCUCUGCACCUGCUUUCUGAAGGCUGCAGGGGGCAGACUUGUUCACUCUAGAGCAAAAGGACAGAGGUGCAUACAUGCGGAUGUAACAGUGCGUGCUGGGAUGCGCUCUCCAAGGACAAAUAAUCCAGAAACUCCUGAGAGCUUUCUCGGCAGCACAGGGUCACUCUCCAAGGCCCUUGGAGGCACAGCCUCAAUAUACUAGGCUGCAGUAAUGCAAGUCUUUCCCAAAUUAAGUCCAUGAUUUAUGCAAAAUAGUGAAUAUGCGUAUGUUGGAGUAAACAGAAUGCCAAAGAAGUGGGACCAGAUACCAGAGCUCUUGCCUCUCACAGACCACAGAUAAACACUGAAACCCCAUGGAGCAAUUGCACUGCAAAGGAAGUGGACACAUAAAUAGAAGCUGAAUAAGGAGAACGUUACUUGUCAUGCCGACUUCCAGGGUAUGUAAUGCCAGAACUGAUGCAAGGAUGAUCAGACAUUGGUUACUGGAAAGAUCCUUUUCUGGGAAUGGUUGAGAUUUGAAGGCCAGGUUUGUUGUUUUGUUUUCUCCAUUCCUGUGCUUGGGAAUCCAGUCUUGGUGGCAAUGCUGGGGAAAAUUUUAUGGUCACUUACUAUAUAAUGGGGAAAAUGGAGUAAUGUGGCUAUGGUUGAAAAUAAAAACUCUGCGUUUGCAUAUAGGGA